ACCCAAAAGAAGAAAUCAAACACAACAGAAUUACAGAAAGAAGAAACACCCUCUUAAAUUUCAAAGUCCAAAACCACCGGAGGUCUCGAAUCAACCCGGACCGCAUGAUCUGUUCUCCGUCUCCUCACCUGAUCUGUCACCAACCACAAACUCCCAAACUUCGUCUCUGUAAACAGGCUAUAAACAAAAAAAAAAAAAGCUUCUAUUGGAAACGACAAUGGCAACGCAGUGGCUUCUGGUGUGCCACGGCCUGGUGACGCUGGUGGUGGUGGUGUCCUUCCUCUGCGGCCAGUGGCCGAUCUUCCGUGGCACCCCUAUUCAACGCAUCCACUUCUUCCUCACUUACGGCGCCUAUGAUUACUUCCUCCGGUUUGUUGAGGCCGUGUUUGGCGCCAGGGGUACGGACAUGGUUCUGUCCGUCGAAUAUUAUUGCUGCGAUCGGCCUAAUCCUAUCUUGCAGAUUUUAUAUUUUGGAAUACUUGGGGCAACUUAUUACUUCACUGUAAAGUCAUCCUUCAGAUAUAUUCCUGGGUAUUAUUUAAGUGAAAUUCACAGGUACACAAGCCUGGUGGCAGUUGUUAUUGGUGUUCUACUCUUCCUAUUGACUAGCUUUUCUGAUCCAGGAACAGUGAAGGAUGAGAAUGUUUCCCGAUAUAUUUCUGCCUAUCCCUAUGAUAAUAUUAUAUUUUCUGAGAAAGAAUGCACUACUUGUAAAAUUCCGAAACCUGCUAGGUCCAAGCACUGCAGCAUAUGCAAUCGUUGUGUGGCUCGGUUUGACCAUCACUGCGGAUGGAUGAAUAAUUGUAUCGGAGAGAAGAAUACCCGAUACUUUUUGGCUUUUCUUUUCUGGCACUUCCUUCUUUGUUUAUAUGGAACAGUUGUCAUUGGGUUGGUUCUUGCUGGACGUUUGAAAGAGUUAAAGGUGGUUGAUAUUCUAACAGUUUAUUAUGGCAUAGAAAACUCUUUUCAGAGUUUAGCUCCUCAUGUUAUACAGUGGUUGGUGAGCUCUUAUAAUACUCAAAUACUUCUUAUGGUGUUUCUUGCCAUAGUUUCCCUUCUAUUGGCGGGUUUCUUUGGUUAUCAUGCCAAGCUCUGUCUCACAAAUACGACAACAAAUGAGACCUUCAAGUGGCAAGAAUACAUAAACUGGCAGAGGAAGCUAAGGGAAGCAAGGGCAAGUUCUGCGGCACUAAAAGGCGGCAUAAAUGAGAUAAGUGAUGAAGCCAAGCCUCCUGAAAGCAAAUGGAGAGCCUUCUUCCAAAGAUCCCCACGAGAAGAUACUGAUACAGUUGUCAAGAAUAACGUGUAUGAUAAAGGCUUCUUCAACAAUCUGUAUGAGACGAUUUUUCCUCUGUCAAAGAGAUCAUCUAUUUUGAAAGCCAAAUCCAAAUCUGGCUGAGAGAUGAGAUUAUAACUUCUGCGCUUCCUUGGCUGUCCAUAUAAUAUUUUUGCCUCCAAGUAUAUAUCAUGUGUGAUUAUUUGUUGAUGUCAUGAUUUACCGUGGGAGAUAGAUGAGCUGUGUUAUGUGGUGUAUGAAUGGAGAAUGCUCCAGUGAUUUUGUGGCAAGAAUGUUUCAGCCCAUGUUGGAACAAGUUAAGUUUAUUUUUAGAAUUUAUUUGAAAAUUUACGUAGAGUUUAACUA